CUUCUCAAUGUUAAUAAAGUCUUCCAGGUAUGAAGAUGUGUUUACGUAAAUAUUGUAAUUGCGUACAACUCAUAAACUAAUAGCAUUUUAAAUAAUAACCGCGAAAAGCACAAAUAUAUUUACAAUUAGUCAAAUAGUUUCAUCCGUGUAAUAGCCUUUUGCCAGGUAUAUAUUUUCAGUAUUUGAUUAUUUAUCUGUGUAGGAAUCAAGAGCGUUUAACAAUAACAAAAAUAUUUUAAAUAUCAAAAUACAGAAAUUGUCGGAGCAACAUAAACGCGAUAUGGUAAAAAAAAUUUGUUAUAUUAAUAAUGUAUACUUAUUACAUUUAUUCUAAUCCCUUGGUAAAUUUUCAUAUACGUAUUUUAAGAUAUUUCAUAAAAAACAGUGUUAUUCGACUCUUACAUAUUGCAUAAUUAAUAAAUUAGUAAUUAUUAAAUUGACAUUUAAAGAAUAUAUUUGCUAAAAAUCGUACACUAUUCGAUCAUGUAUCAUUUAUAUAUAGUUCUCGUGCACGUUGAUGAUUUGGUAUCGCACACGCUCGAUCCACGCGUUUUGCUCUAUAACAACACGCUUCGGUGAUCGCAGAUGAAUAUUAUUGUAAGAGUUGCCUAUUUGUGUAAUGUUUGAUAUUAUGCUUAGGUCGGCAUUUCUCGAUAAAUUCAGGUAGGCGUACUCGUGUUCAACAGCCGCUCGUUCGCAUGAUUUACGCGACAACAAGCGCGAAUACUUUUCUCACGUGAUUCCCGCAUGGACAUUACAAGCCCAUACGCUAUUCCCUCUCCCUUAAGGACAGAUUUGGGAACGCCGCAGCUUUUCGAUAGCUGUCGAUAACCAGAUUCGGUCGAGACUUCAUGCGAGCGAGACGCACGAGCGAUAGAGCAGUGAUUUCGCGGAAACGGUGAUAGAAAUUAAGAAACCGUGAGUGAAUAACGAACUUCUUGCCAGGAUUGCUCGAGCACAGCGAAAUACUCGCGGUUUACGUGAUUGCUCCGACGGAAACAUAAAGCAGGCAUAGCAGGAUUGAAAGAAUUUUGUACGCGAGGACUUAUCGUUGUUUGGAGACAGAAUCUAAGUGCAACGAGACCUCAGUGAUCCAGUGUGCACUGUCAUGUAUAAUAAAGACGACUAAGACUCAAACUUAUACCAAUUCGUCGAAAUUCAUCAAGAUCACCUGCUCCUACACUAAUCCCGCUUUCUCGCUUUCACUUUCGUACUUCGCAGACGCUCUCGCUCUCUCACAUGCAUGACUCCCGUCUUUCACACGCUCCCCCGAAAACAGUCGCACUCUCGCGGGGCGGGCAUUUCGUUUCGUCACACCAGAUAUCAAGCUAAGCUCAACUCAUUUCGCCUCGAACGCCACGCGCUCUCUCUGAGUGACACGGGCGCUCUGUUCAACGUUUUCGCUCUUGAACAUAAAAUUGUGGUCCUUCGAGCCGGAUUCGUGGUGAUUCAGUGGAGAAUUCUCGAGUGGCCUGGUCGACGGCAGGGACGAAAGACGACCGCAACCUUGCACUCUGAAGCAUCAUCGAGGACGACAACAUGAACGAACUUCUCGACCAGCAAAUAACCGCCCUUCAAACAAUAGGAAGGUCGCUAUCUAACUUCAAGAAGAUAGGAAAAAACAACUACACGCCGGCCAUGAUCCGACAGCGGAUGACAACGCUAAAGGACACUUGGGCGACAUGCCUCGCCAGGCAUGCCCGAUUGCUACAAACCGUCCCGGAAAAAAACCGAGCCACCCUAACUUACUUCAGGGAAUUGCAGCUCGAGCUAAACCAGGAGGUCUACGAAACAACGCUCGAUUACAUGGCCACCUGCCUCGAGGAACUGGAGCCUCCCGUACCAGCAUCAUCGUCAUCAUUACAUUCGAUAAGUACAUUCGAAAAAGCGUCCUUUUCCUUGAAUCAUCUUCCUCCGAUCAGGCUUCCCCCGUUUUCCGGGAAUCUUGAUGAAUGGGAGAAUUUCCGAGAUCGAUUCACGUCUCUCAUCAUACAGAACAAUGAAAUCACUGCAUUCUCAAGGAUGCAUUUUCUUGCAUCCAGUCUUAGCGGUCGUGCGCUUGACACGAUAAAGUCAAUUCAAGUCACCGCGGCUAACUUUGAAAUAGCGUGGAAAACGCUGGUGUCACGCUACGAUAAUACGCGACGGCUCGUCGAAGUACACGCAUCCGCGCUCUUCAACCUUCCGCCGUUUGGUCGCGAGUCCGCGCUCGAAUUGAACGAACUUCGUGACAGAGCCAAUCGGUCAAUCGUGUCACUGAGAAACUUGAAUCGAUCUAAUGACGAGAGACUCAGCGACUUGCUGGUGUACAGCGUGACUCAACGACUCGAUCACGCAACACGGAAGGCGUGGAGGCUUAAAACGGGCGACGACGCGAGCGUUCCAACAUACGAAGCCCUUGACAAGUUUCUUGAGACGCGUGUUCGCGCUCUUGAGGAAUUGGUCCCUCAAAGUUCUUCGAAGCACGCCCGUGCAGCCAGAGUAUCGAGCGCGUCUGCAACCGCUUCGAGUCCAGCGUGCCCCCUCUGUGCCGCGUCUCAUUUCAUUAAUCGGUGUCCGCAAUUUUUAAAGAAGACGCCGACUCAAAGAAUGGAAGUCAUUAAACAAGCAAACAGAUGCCUCAACUGCUUGAGUUACAAACACGCUGCUCAAGCGUGUCCAAGCCGAUAUUCAUGCCGUACAUGCCAAAAUAGACAUCAUUCCAUGCUUCACAAUGACUCGGCCUCUUCUUCCUCAAAUGCGACGAGUUUAAGUUUAACGACCACCUCAGAUAUCUCCGCCGAAAAUAAAAACAACGAUCACCGCUCUAUGCUCAACCCUGCUGUUCGCUGCGCGAAAGCGCGUAUUGCUCGCGACCGUGCGCGUUAAUGUAAUAUCUCCGGCGAAUCGCAAG